AUGCAAGUGCAAAAGAAAAUGAGAACACAACAUGCCCUGUACCAAAUGAUUCCUUGUAGAACAAAAUUAUUAGAAUUAAAAAUACAAUACUCGUGCAGAUACUCUUGCGGCUCGAAGUUUCUAGUAUCCGCUAUGUACAUACUACGAAGAUCAACAUGUAUCAAUAAUUAAUUUUGGAAAAAUACCAACGUAACGAAAUAGCAACUCUAUCACGAUGAAAUGGAUAUUGUAAAACUUCUCUGUGGCGAGGUAAGGAUCUGGUUCGACUCGAAUGAACUCGAAGAUUUAGUACCUGCGUCUAAAAUGAUGUCGCCAACGUCACCGUGUCUGUCAUCGUUUUCAUCAGAAUCACCGUCAUCGGGCUCCAGGCUGCCAGCAUGCGGAAACAUGUCUUCAGGAUUCUCGCGAAGCCACUGGACAUUACCUAACGUUCCCUUGUUCGCUGAUCUGCAUCCGAACCACCAGUACGCCGUCGAUCUAGGAAAUGCUGGAUCAGCAACGUCCACCUACGCAACAUUCGACACAGCUGAAUCACAGAUACCAUGACACAACAUCGUACAAAAUAUAAUAUUGAGAAACAGAGAGAGAAAGUGGAUUCAGAAACAUCUGCAAUCUACCAACUUAAUUUAAAUUUAAUCUGAAUAAUUGGAAGUUCUAACAACGUCGAUAGGCAGCAAGAGAAAUAUAGCAAAUACUUAAGUUACUCUUUACUAACUUAAGUUACUAUUUAAGUAACUUGAG